AUGAUACCAGAGCGAAAGCAGAAAUAUGACCCACCGGCGCGAUAUGCUGCUCGGGCUGCCGGCUCAAUUUUCACUCUGCCAGUCCUGGCGCACAGAGCCAUUGACCCUGAAGCAAAGGUGAGCAGCGUUACUCUCAAAUGUUUAGGCUUACAAAUUCCAGCACACCUCCUUCCAACUGUUGCAUCAGCUAGAAAUUCUGACGAAGAGGACGAUUACGCACCGCCUCUGCCACCCGACCUUACUGCCUCCCACGCAGCUGGGCCUUCGUUGCCUUCAAAGAGCGAAUCGAAUACUUAUACACCGCCUCCAAAACGACACUACCCUCAACCACUUCCUACAGCUUAUGCUUCACAAAUAGAAGGAAAGUCGGGCGUGGAGGAGUUCUUGGAGAGGGAGGAAAGUUCAGGAAGAGACGAACAAGCUGAAAAAGCUUCAGCGGGAAGAGUAGAUGCUUGUACCUCCAAAAAGUGGCGACUUGUUGGCAUAGACGCCAGCGGAAAGAUAGCAACGUCUUGCUACGAAGUUGCUGGAAGGAAACGACGUGCAGCAAAUACACCACCAGAGGAGGACUCGCGUGCCACAGCAAAGCGAGGGCGACGGGAUGAAGAUAUUUGCAGGGGAGUUGAGGAGCACACACGCAAGGCUCGUGGUUCAGCCCUUAUAGAGUUGCAUCUAGAGCGAGAAAGGAGGAAGAGAAGCACAAGCAGAGUGAACCCACCGUUUCCUGGGAAUGAUGUCUCUAGGUGGACGGCCUAUGGACGAUCAACAGAGGCAGAAGAUGCUUCGGGAUGCCAAAGGACUCGCAGGGCGUUUCGGUAG